ACCAGACUUUCCUGUGGGAGGAGGAGCAACGCUGGGAAGCCUGCUGUUCCUUUCUCAGCUGCUGCAGACUAUUAUACCGUGUGCUGGGAUAUCAUGAAGAGGAGGAGGAGCUCAUGGAGCUUGGACACGACCCUCAGCAGUAGAACGUCUUAGACCUGCCUCUUCCUCUCCUCCUCCAUGUCACAGGCCGUCUGUGGGGAGGAGGUAAAGACAGAAGCAACAGGAAGCAUGAGGAUCAGAAGUGAGCAGAGGUGGCCAUGAGAAGACACUGAUUCUGGACGUUCUUCACUGUUGGAGCGUUUCCUAUAGCGUCUGACUCCCAGAGAACAGUGGGCGCUCUUCACACACUAAUCCAGUACAGAGUGAACUUUGUGGAGGAGUUUAAAGAUCCACCAGAUUUAUCACAGGGGCUCAGGCCGGAUGAUAAAUUAGGUUCCUUUAGUACAGGACUGACAGAUAAAGUCUUCUUUGUAAGAUGAUGGUCUGUUCCGUCAAUGACCGACCAAGGAUGGAGAAGGACAGAAGCCACAUGCCUGCAGAGAUAUUAGACCUCGCCCUAGAGAUCAUCUCCUUGAUAACUGGAGAGGAUUACACAGUAGUGAAGAAGUCGUCUGAUGAGUUUGUGACACCCCGUGCGUCAGGAGGACAGAGCAGGACCCAGAGCCCUAUCACCGAGCCUCCACCUCAUUCACUGAUACAUGAGCAGAAGAUCCUAGAACUUACCAACAGGAUCACUGACCUGCUGAGCGGAGAGGUUCCUAUAAGGUGUCAGGAUGUCGUUGUCUAUUUCUCCAUGGAGGAGUGGGAGUAUUUAGAAGGACAUAAGGAUCUGUACAAGGACGUCAUGAUGGAGAAUCAUCAGCCCCUCGCAUCACCAGAUGAAUCCAGUCAGGGAAGUCCACCAGAGAGAUGUCCCAGUCCUCUGUAUUCCCAGGACUGUCCAGAGGAGAAGCAGAAUGUCCCACUGGAUCAUCAGGACGUCAUGAUGGAGAAUCACCAGCCUCUGACAUCACUGGGUGAAGACAGUACGAGAGACUCCCAUGAACAUCUCCCGUUACUUCCCUGUAAUGAAGUAGAAGGUAUUCCAUCACAGAAAGUGGGCACAAUUUUUCCAUGCUCAGAACCUGGCAAACAAUUCAACCAGGAAUCUAAUAUUUCCAUACAUGAGCAAAUUCACCAAGAUGAAAGAAGAUUUUCAUGUUCUGAAUGUGAGAUUUUUUUUUCUACAAAAGCAGAUCUUGAAAGACAUCAAAGACUUCACACGGGGAAGAAGCCAUAUACAUGCCCUAAAUGUGAUAAGGGUUUUAAUUGUAGUUCACUUCUUAAGGCACAUCUAAGAAUUCACACAGGGGAGAAGCCAUAUAUAUGUCCUGAAUGUGAUGAGGGUUUUAUUAAUAAAUCAGAUUUUAAAGGACAUCUAAAAGUUCACAUAGGAGAGAGGCCAUUCUCUUGCUCAGAAUGUUGGAAAUGUUUUAUUAUGAAAUCACAUGUUAGGGCUCAUCUAAGAAUUCACACAGGGGAGAAGCCAUAUACAUGUCCUGAAUGUGAGAAGUGUUUUACAACUCAGUCAGAUCUUGCUAGACAUCAAAGAAGUCACACUGGGGAGAAGAAACAUUUAUGCUUGGAAUGUGGAAAAUGGUUUAAUCAUGAAGAAUAUCUUGUGAAACAUCUAAGAAGUUACACAGGGGAAAAGCGAUUUUCAUGUCCUGAAUGUAGGAAAUGUUUUCGUAUGAAAUCACAUCUUACGGAUCAUCUAAGAAUUCACACAGGGGAGAGGCCAUUCUCUUGCUCAGAAUGCUGGAAAUGUUUUAGUACGAAAUCACAUCUUAGGGCUCAUCUAAGAAUUCACACAGGGGAGAAGCCAUUUUCUUGUCCUGAAUGUAAGAAAUGUUUUACAACUCAAUCAGAGCUUACUAGACAUCAGAGAAGUCACACAGGGGAGAAGCUAUAUUCGUGCCCUGAAUGUGGGAAACGUUUUACAACUCAAUCGCAUCUUACUAGACAUCAGAGAAGCCACACUGGGGAGAAGAAAAAUGUAUGUGUGGAAUGUGGAAAAUGCUUUAGCCGUAAAGAUUCUCUUGAUAAACAUCAGAGAAGUCACACAGAGGAGAAGCUAUUUUCAUGUCCUGAAUGUGCGAAAUGUUUUACAACUCAAUCAGAUCUUACUAGACAUCAGAGGAUCCACACAGGGGAGAAGCUAUAUUCGUGUCCUGAAUGUGGGAAAUGUUUUAGUAAGAAAUCAAAUCUUACAAGUCAUCUACAAAUUCACACAAGGAAGUAAAUAUUGAGAGGCAUCAGAGUGUUCCUACAAGAGAGAAGGCAUUUUCAGGUUCAGAUUGUAGGAAAUGUUUAUCUGGAAAUCAGGCUUCAUAGAAGUCACGAAGAGGAGAAGCCUUUUUAAUGAUCAGAUUGUAGGGAUGUGGUGGGUUUGGAUCUCCAUUGUAGGACCUGCUGCUUCAGGAUGUCUUCUAACAUUAAAACCUAAAUUCCUGGCUACAAUACAGAAAACCAUUACUGCUUAACACACAGAGAUCCUGGACAAGGUCCCAGUGAUGGUUACUGUCUGCUAAUGGCUGGAAUCAUCAUCGAUAACUGUCCCUGGAACUGAAAACUCCAAUAUGGGGAACAUCAAGGGUUAAUUUUACUGCAAUAAGAAUGGUUUUCCUCAGUAAAAUAUUGCUGCAUUUAUAUAAGGAACAUCAGUAUCCAUAACUAUGUGACCCCUGUUAUCAAAUAUGAUUAUCGGCGAUUACUGCAACCUGAUUCACUUUCAUGGAACUGUAGUCUUCUCUUCUCGGCAGAACUGCUUUACUACAGACACUGUUGUAGGUCUUCCUACUUAAACUUUUAAUUUCAGAUUGGGAAGAGACUAGAAACAAAACUCUAGAACCUUUUACACGUCCAUUUUACCAUGGCCCUGGAACACAACGAAUCCAAAGGGAGGAUCAUGUGUGAAAUUGUAAUGGGACAUUCUCCCACAAAUGGCUGACCUGACAAAAUGGGAGUGUGGACAACAAUAUUUAUUAGAAUUCCAGUCAAUGAAAUUGAUUUUCUAUGUGAGGUCAGUGUGUGUGUGACUCCUCAAUAAGGAAGUCACUGAAGUCAAAUGGACUUCAUUGUCUGGUAUCAAAGACUGGGUAAAAUCCAGGUUAUUCUAAAGAGGAACUCUAUGCCAACACAGGAUCCAUUGGGUCUGGACUAAAGGAAACCCUUCCAGUAGAGAUGAUGUAGUAGGAGGAACUUAGAUGAGCCGCACAUGCAUUAAACUCUGAAAUUCGAAAUGUUGGUGUUUGGUUGUGAUAUUUGCUGAAAAAGGUGGUGCCAUUGGGGGAGAAAUG